AGGACGAGGCGCGCUUUCCUGCCCCAUUUCCUGUCCCCGCGCGCGCUCCCCGCUCCCCUGGCUUCCUCUUUUCCGCCGCCACGACUUCCGCGCGCGCAGCAUCGCCGCCGCCGUUCUCGCGCACAACGGAUCAGAGAUUUUCCCGGCCGUGCGCCCCUCUCGGUGAGAGGCGUCUCCCUCCUCCUACUCCACCUCCCCGCCCUCUACUGUCUCGGGGGAGAGUCGGUUUCGUUCCGAGAUUUCCCUUUUCUCUCUCCGCUCAAUUCGUUUGGAUUGGUGCGCUGCGCCCAAUCCAGUUGGGCGAAGACAUCUGUGGUUCGAUUGAGUCAUUUUCGUCUUCCUCCGAGGAUUUCUGGGGGUUCAGUUGAAUCCCCAUCCGCCACACUAAGCCCGGCCCUACCUGUGUUGCGAUGCGCGGCGAGGCUGGCAAUGACGGCGGUGGCGGGGAUACCCAACUCCUGGACGGCGCCACACCUCGGUUAGGUUCUCCUUCGAGUGAUGACGACGGAACACAGAGUGAGGCGUAUGAUUGGGCGCUGUACGACGAAACACAGCCUCUGGAUGGUGCUGAGACCCAGUUUGUAGACCAGGUGGAGGAGGAGGGUGUGGCUGGCGAUUGGACGGAGACACAGUUGGAGAGUGGCGACGAGGAUGGUGGCAGUGGCAAUGAGGAUGGCGGCGAUGACAGUGACCAAGUGAAGACACAACAACAGGUGGAAGAUGGGGAACGGGGCAAUGAUGGUGGUGGUGGGGAUGAUAAUGCUGGCAAUUGGACUAAGACCCAGUUGGAUGAAGUAUGCGAGGUGUAUGGAGCGAACAACUUUGUUGGAGACAUGGUUGAGGCCCAGUUGGUUGAGGAAUCUGAGGAGGAGGAUGAUGACAAGGAUGGAUUAACUGAUGAUGGUGAGCAUGAUCUUGGUGAGUGGGGGAAGACCCAGUUGGUUGAAGACUCUGAUGAAGACAUAGGUGACGAUGAGUUGAGUGAUGGCACUGUUGUCCUAAGUGACAAUGAGAGCUUGUCAGAAGAUGAGAGGGGCACAAAGUCAGGAACGGAUAAAAGGGAUGCAAAGUUGGGAAUGGAAGGAAGCAUCGAGGGGUUAAAUGGUGGGAUUAAGAAGCAUGAUGAUAACAAUAAUUCGGUAGAUUCUGAUGCAUCAACAGAUGAGGAGGGUGACACAAGUUCAGUAAGGACAUGUGGAAUUUCUGAACCUCGGAACUCUCUGUCUGUGAACUGUAUGAAGCAAUGGAAACAGAAGGCCUGGGUCAACACAAUACAUCCCCUGCCGAAAAUUGUAGAUGAAUCUACUUCGUGUAGCACCUCCGUUGGUUGGGUUGAUAACGACUCCCAUGGUUAUGUACAGAACCAUGAUCAAGACGGAGCAAAAAGCAGAGACAAGUGCUCAACAGCUAAAAAACUUUUUGCCGACACAACAGUGGAGGAUGGUGAAAACAACAGCAGAUGUAUUGCUGGAUUAAGCUAUGUGGGAUCACAAGAGCCUGGUGAUCUGUCACAAGCAAAUGCUUUUGAUGUUGUGGACAGAUUGAUUUCAAUCAAUGGUGGAUUAUCAUCUCAAGAAACGACCCCAAAUAAAUUGGAAAUAGCAAAGCCAUGUGUUUCAAGUAAGAGGGGAACUUUAAUGUUGGCUGAGAAGGUCGACCUUGGUAGAAGUUCCAAUGGGAAAGCAGAAAUAUUUAAAUUUGUGGAUAGCCUUGAGGAUGAGGGAGGAGGUGACUUUUUCAGUAAAAACAAAGACAUCUUGUUGCUGAAACCAAUUGGUAGAGGAAAACCAAGGAGUCAUUUUACAGGAGCAAAGAAAUCUUCCCCAAAACUUUCACGGGGAGAAAAUAAAACAGGGGAAGCGUUGAACAAAAGAAAUUCCAAACUACCUGGGAGGUUGGAAACUAUUCCUUUAACAUAUUCAAGACUAUUCAAAAGUGAUGUAGAGAGUAAGCGGCCUUCUGAAAACAGGACUAAGAAAAACCUUUUGAAGGUCUUAGAUGAUCUAUCAAAUGACAAAUCAUUGGAAGAACAGGAAAAGGCUGAUGUAGUUUUGAAUGAUGUUGGUCCAGAUACUCAAAUGGCUGUUGAAGCAAUGGAUGCCCUGGUACAAUGUUCACCUGCUAAAAGUUUAUCUUCUGAACAUCAAUCUGUGCUCAAUAGAGAUAUGAUAGCUGAGAAGUCUAGAAUAGCUAAAAGUCAUUCGAAGAAUGGUUCUCCUCAGAGAGCUAGCAACAUACAGGAAGGUGUCACAACACGUUCUAAAAAAGGAAAAGUAACUGACUUCAGUGCCAAACCUCAGAAAGAAAGACUAAGAGGAUCUAAGAUGCAACAAAGUUCUGAGUCUAUAGUAAAAGUGAAACAUAAGCAAACAAAGUCUGUGCCAGAGAAGAGCAAAGUUUCAAAGAAAUUUAUCAGUGAAAAUAAGUACCAUGAGACACCUGUUGCUCACCGAACUAGGCAUUGUGGUAGGAAUGAUCCUUCUGCAUUUAUCGAGUUAUCUAAUAAACACUUGAGGAGAGGUAAGAAAAUGACAGGUGACAACUCCACUAUUGGGCAAGUGCAAAAUAACCACAUUGCAACCGAAUCUGGUUUGAGUUAUUUUGAAAAAGAAAGCACAGAGCAGACUUGUACAAAUAAUGAUCAAGAUCUUCAGCAACCUAGGUAUGGAAGCACACAACGGACAAGUGUAAAUAAUGUUCGAAACCUUGAAGCACGCAGAGUUGAAUCAACAACUGUUGUUACAUGCAGAGAUUCCCCAUCACAUCCCAAACGGCAAAGAACACCUACAAAAAUGAUACAGUCAACUGCUCCAGCUGCUGCAAGUCAUGAAAUACCAUCAGAAUUGGCAAGACCAUGCAAGAAAAGGCGGAUUUUCAUAAGAAGUGUUUCUGACCUGCUAAAGUAUGCAAAGAGAGAACCUUCCCAUGGGAAAUCAGCUUCUAUGCUAUCCAGCAUCAUAGAAAAGUCAUUAGCUGCUUAUCCUGUACUUAAUUCUUCUAUAAGAGAUGACAGGAAAACUUCUGAUGUCAUUAGCUCUGCACAGAGACUGAAGGAAUCCUCCCAUAUUGAGAAUACAAGCAAAUCACCAAAAACGAAUCCUCAGGUUCUGGACAGUGCUAUGAAAACACCGUCAAAAGUGGUUAAUGAAUUGUCACCCACUUUUAGUCCUGUGAAUCCAUCAAAAGGCUCAAGUAGGAGCUUGUUAAAAGCUUCUGUUGCGAGAGAAUUGCUGAAGCUAGAUCCUGAAAAUGUACUAUCAAAUCAGCAGAAAAAAGAUUCCAGAAGAGGGAAGGAUAAGGCCAAUGCCAGUAUUUUAUUCAGCCAGCAUUUGGAUGACGAUGUUAUCAAGCGUCAGAAGAAGAUCUUGGCACGCUUAGGAGUUUGUGAAGCAUUUUCGAUGGCCGAUGCAACACACUUUGUUGCAGAUAGAUUUUGCCGCACAAAGAAUAUGCUACAAGCAAUAACUAUGGGCAAGCCAGUAGUUACAUCAAUGUGGCUUGAAAAUUGUGCACAAGCAGGCUGUUUUAUUGAUGAAAGGAAAUAUAUUAUGAGGGACGAAAAAAAGGAAAAGGAGAUAGGUUUCAGCAUGCUUAUAUCACUGGCCUCAGCUUGCAAACACCCUCUUCUUCUGGGAAAAAGAGUCUUUGUAACAUCAAAUGUUAAACCAAGUCAAGUAGUGAUGACUAGCUUGGUUAAGUCAUCAUCAGGGCAGCCGCUAGAGAGGGUAGGACGAUCCAUAAUGGAGGGAAAGGGAGUGCCUCCUGACCUGCUGGUAAUCUCGUGCGAAGAAGACUACGAAGCUUGUGCGCCACUACUCGAGAAAGGUGCUAGUGUUUUCAGCGUGGAGCUUCUACUGAACGGCAUAGUCAUCCAGAAACUGGAGUACGAGAGGCACCGCCUUUUCAUGGACCGAGUCAAACAGACCCGCUCGUCGCGGUGGUUGAAGGACACCGUGCAAGGCCGGUUCGUCCCUGUACCCAAGCGUCCCCGGGCCUAGGCAGCUCAAGACCAAUGUAUAUGUAAGCCAUGCGAAGCUGUUCUUGCUCGCCCCUUGGCCUCUCUCCAGCUGUAGGCCUGUGUAAAUGUAUGUGCCGGCCGCAGGUGCAUCUGCCCUGCUGCCGCUGUGCUGGUUGCUUGAUGCGGGCCUGAUCUUUCUGUUUCUCUCCCCUGUAUGUUGUGCAUUAUAGGUGUUCAUAUGUAUUGUAGCCUGUUUCUUUUUUCUCUCUCUCUCUCUAGCUCUUCUGAACAUACAUAUGUUUACCCGACACAACUGAACCUUAGUGGCGAUGAGAUUGUCACGACGGUGGUAACUGAGGAUUGAUCUCCUUGUUAAGCCGGAUGGCGGGAGACAACAUGUACAGGUUUAUGGGCCAUGGGUCGUUAUAAUAAGUGAUAGUGGGCUAAUUCCUGUCUGGCUA